AUGUCAGAAGAGCUUCUCAAGUAUCGACGCGGCCCAGCCAAGGAUGUGAUUGAUCGUCAAUGUCAAAACUGGUAUCGCUGUACAAAAUGCAUCAAGAUCGAUUCCUUUGGAACAUGUCUCCCAGAAUCGAAAAAUUAUCACGUGACAUUGAAUUUUCUCUCCGGAAGAUACGAGUGCCCCUUUGACGCAGAUUCCUGCGCGCUGAAAACUUGCAUGUGCGAUGUCGAACUAGCGAAUCAAAUCGCCCAAAACGCUGGAGAAAUUAAAGCAUAUCUUCUGAACUCGAAUGGCUGGGAUCCGAGCUUUCAAUGCAAACCUUCGAAGAGAGUCGAGCCGGAGUUCGAGGUUGGUCCUAUCAGAACGAUGAGUUUGGAGAAAAAUGAUGAUGAGCCAGACUCGUGCUGCGGAGACUAUCCACAAAGAUAUCCGUUUAAAAGCUUGGAAAGAGGGUGUUGCGGGAAGAAAACUUUCAGAAAAGAUAGAUUUCAAUGCUGUUAUGGCGAAGUCGUCCAGCAUGGAGAAUGCUCCAAGCCCCUGAUCUGCAACUGUCAAAACGGUGGAAAAUGCAUCGAAAAGGGACUGAAAGUAUUCUGCUCCUGCAUCAACGGCUUUCAUGGAGACAACUGCGAGUGGGGAGCCUGUCAGCCCGACCCGUGUUGGAACGGAGAAUGCGAAGAUAAGAUAACAAAAACUGGCAUUGCUGGGGCUUUCAAGUGCCACUGCCACGAAGGAUGGACGGGGCAACUUUGCGACAUUCCAUUCAAGGGCGAGUUCAACUUUUUCAAUUUUGCGAGACGACUUGAUGCGCCCAGGCCGGACGUUGGCGACUUCCGUGGAGAGAACGAAACUGACGUGGAAAUUCUAGAAGAUAAUGACGUCGAAAUCGUUUUCAAUGAUCGAAAAUUCUUCACCGGCAAAUCCGAAGAAUUAAAAACGAAAACAACAGAGCUCAAUCGCCAAAACUGGAAUUCUUCAGGCAAAAUCCCGCUGAAAUUUCUCUCUGGCAAGUUCGAUUUUGUCGUUUUCUUCAGCUCCCACCCUCUUUCGGGUGCUUUUUCUUACGAAGCGCGGCUCAGAAAACAACCAAUUUUGCAUUUCCAACUUUCAAAAGACGACGGAAGCCGUGUUCAAAAUUCAAAUUUUUACGGGGAGAAAAUGUUCUACGUGAAUCCUAAGCAGGCCCGUCGAUUUGUACCGCUCGUUACAGAAGGAUUAUGUCGCGAGGAAUUUCAACAGACAAGUGCUUGUGCUGCGGUCGAAAAAGUGACGUUUCUGAAAAGGGUGGAAAAAAUUGGAAUUUCGAAAGAAAAAAAAAUUUUAAAUGAAAAAAGCAUUUCAAAUUUCAUUUCUGCAGCUUGGGAGACGCUGGAUCAGCCGAAACUCGAUGUUAUCUCUUUCGGCAACGCGCAAAAAGGAUUAUCCGCGAAAGUUAACUUUCAAGAUGACCGUUUUGAUACCUCACAACAAAUUGAAACGAAAAUUACCGAAGAAAUGAAAUGGUUUGGCGGCAAAGCGACUUUUGGAGCUAUUUUGGAACGAAUUUCAAUCCAGGAAAAAAUAAUCUUGGUUUCAAACGGCUUUUUCGGCGACCUGAGCGAGAUCAAGGCACGACCGAAUCUUGUCACAAUCGGAUUUGACCCAAUGAACGCGAUUUUAAGGAGCUCUCUCGAGGAUCUGGCGCAAGGAGAUGCGAGACGCGUCUUUUUCGCGAGGAAUAAAGAGGAUUUGGAAGGGAUCUCGGCCGACAUUCCUUCAGCGCUCUGUGCUGCUGGGGAAAAUUUCGAAGUCCCCGACUUUUCUAUCCCGGAAAAGACACUCUUCGAGUUCGCAAGUGGAUAUCGCGCGAGACUCAAUUCCUUUCCCUCAAACAUGCCUGGUUUUGCCGACUGGAAAGCUGGAAAACAACCCUUUUUGAACUACAAUCGAGAGUAUACUGAUUUCUGA